AUGGGUGGGUUGGGUGGAUUGGGUGGACGAAUUCAUAUAAUAAUGUACUCAACAAACGUCAAACACAAUGAAAGGAUGUGCUCCAAACAUAUGGCAUUCAUCACAAAAGCAUUCAUACUGUUUACUAUUGCUUUCACAUUAAUUGAUGCUCAGGAGGAACAGAUAGGAGACACAGGUUUGGGUGAACUCAUAGAUCUAAAGCGUUCAGCGUUUUUGCCGUCUCGGGGUCGCAGGUUUUGGUCAAUGUUUGACUGGAAUGACAGCACGAGUGGAGAGAAGAGAAUGUCGAGAUUCCUACCAAUGAGGGGACGAAAGGCCGGCUUUUUGCCGAUGAGGGGCAAGAAAAUGAGUGCCAAUCCAUUGAAUGACGAGUGGACACACACUCAUCCACUCUAUGACAACACCGACAAUACCGGUACAUAUGAUAUGAUGGCAUCCAUUCCCCUCAAAAGAGCGGCGUUUAUGCCCUCGAGAGGGAAGAAAGCAUUUCAUGCGAUGCGCGGAAAGAAAUGGUCGCCAGAAAUGGUUUCGGAUGUCAUUUAUAGUAGUUUAUAG